UGGAAAAGAGAUUCAGAACGAGAUGUAGAGUACCAACUUUCUAGCUGGAUGUUUGGUUCACUAAUCUACUGGUAGUUUGCAAAUUAGCUGCUUAAAUUGGAUCUUAAUUCACUGUCAGCUAGCCAUAUUUUACCAACUGUUGAAUAUCUAUAUCUAAACCUGCGACGUCUUCGAUCGAGUUACAUUUCCGAGCUAGCCAUAUCUGAGCUAACUCACCCGUAUCAUGGUCUAAGAGGCACACUAGGUAGUUGCCUAGCUGAUGGAAAACAAAAGCUUUACUCAUGAUUUCAGGACACAUCGAUGAGUAAGUGCGUAAAUGGUCUCAUGUAUUUUGCAACCUAGCUAACUAUAUAGGUACUUCGUGUUCAAUAGUACAGCGAGAUAGAUCUACGGUAGCAGGUUAACUCUAUCAAGCUAAUAGACUACUCAGCUCAUAGACGACUUGUAGUUAACGUAAACCAUAAAUUGCGAACAUGAAUUAGCUAGGGCAACUGCAUUCCCAGCAUAAAUAGCUAGUUAGCUGGCUAACUGCUUUGGUACCUAGCUAACAAGGUGGCGAGUCUAAUUUGAAACACAGUAGCUAAUCGCAUCAGUGAGACUUAGCUAGCUAAUACAGUACCAGGAGUGGACUGUUUCACUAGCAGAGAAAGUGAGGACGAAGAGAGAUGGCAGACACAGGCGGCAUUUCUGAACUGGACCAGGAGAAAUACGACGCAGACGAGCAAGUUAAGAUCAUCUGUCUUGGAGACAGCGCCGUUGGGAAAUCUAAGUUGAUGGAAAGAUUCCUAAUGGAUGGAUAUCGACCUCAGCAGCUGUCCACCUACGCACUGACACUCUACAAGUAUACAACCACAGUUGACGAGAAGACUGUACUAGUAGACUUUUGGGACACAGCUGGGCAGGAGCGAUUUCAGAGCAUGCACCCUUCUUACUAUUACAAGGCCCACGCGUGCAUCAUGGUGUUUGAUGUCCAGAGGAAGAUUACAUAUAAAAAUCUGACAAACUGGUAUAAAGAAUUGAGGGAAUACCGACCAGAGAUCCCUUGCAUAGUGGUGGCAAACAAAAUAGAUGCUGAUUUGAAGGUUACACAGAGAAACUUUAAUUUUGCUAAGAAGCAAGGCCUUCCUCUGUACUAUGUAUCUGCAGCUGACGGAACCAAUGUGGUCAAGCUUUUCAGAGACGCAAUAAAGCUGGCGAUGUCUUACAAGCAGAAUUCCAGUGAUUUUAUGGAUGAAGUGAUGCGGGAAUUGGAGAAUUUUGAACUGGAACAACAGGAGGAAUCGUCUGAUAAGGAUGAUGCUUCCAAGAUGGAGAAAAACCAUGUGGCGUGA